AUGGCUGAAGAAAAUUGGAACGAUAGUGUGGAAGCGGGCGGCAUGGCUGUGGAGGGCAUGCCACUGCCAAUCUCAGCAGACAUUCCAGAAAUCAAACUUUUUGGGAGGUGGAGCUGUUACGAUGUCCAGGUUUCUGAUAUGUCCCUCCAAGAUUACAUCGCGGUUAAGGAGAAACAUGCAAAAUAUUUACCACACUCUGCUGGUAGAUAUGCCCACAAGCGAUUCCGUAAAGCUCAAUGCCCUAUUGUCGAGCGUCUUACCAACUCGCUGAUGAUGCACGGCCGUAAUAACGGAAAGAAAUUGAUGGCGGUGCGUAUUGUUAAACAUGCAUUUGAAAUAAUCCACCUUUUGACUGGCGAGAAUCCCCUACAAGUCCUUGUGACUGCCAUUAUCAACUCUGGGCCUCGUGAAGACUCUACCAGAAUUGGACGUGCUGGUACUGUUCGUCGUCAGGCUGUCGAUGUGUCGCCACUGCGACGUGUAAACCAGGCUAUCUGGUUGUUGUGCACGGGAGCACGUGAAGCGGCAUUCAGGAAUAUCAAGACCAUUGCUGAGUGCGUUGCUGAUGAGCUCAUCAAUGCAGCUAAAGGAUCUUCUAAUUCUUAUGCUAUUAAGAAGAAGGAUGAGUUGGAACGUGUGGCCAAGUCCAACCGUUAA